ACAUAAUUCAUCCAAAUAGAAAGCUCCAGCUAGAUCGGAUCGAAUCCCCGGGAAGGAGACGAGCAAAGCCAGAGUCUGAAAAUGGUCUGCUUGGCGUGCCUGUUGCCGCUCUUCCUCGUCCCAGUUGUGAACUUCUUGCCGCUUCUCUUCGAUUUCAUCAUGGCGAAGGUUUACAGAAUAUUUGGGAAGGAGUAUCAGAAACCUGCAAGAGUCCCUCCUGCUUGUCCUUAUAAACCUCCUGCCAAUAAAUCCGUUUCUAUGGAACCCUUUCCCGUGGAUCAAGAUACUAUCAAUGGAGAUGAUCAUGGCAAGAAGGCAUAAGCGUCGCCUGCAAUUCUUACACUGUAUUUUGUUUCUGUAAGCUCUUACUCAGUAUGUUUAACACAAAUAAACGCUGUUGCUGGUUAAGAUUACUCUCCUUUUUUUGUAUAUGGGAGGGAAACUCCAGACCUUUUAAACUGGCUAUGAGUAGGCUUGGAAAAUGGGUCGUUUAUGUCGAUUAUGGAUAUGGUUUGCUUCUGGUCAUGUAUUGUUUUGAUCAAUAGAUUUCAGAUCAGGUCUGAAUUUGGUUUGGAGAAUGUUCGGAUCAAUGUUCUUCAAUUCGGGUUCAGUUCCGGAUUAAUUAUGUCCGGAUUGGGUCAUGGUUGACGAUUUGGGUUGGUUUGGGUCAAUCUUGUUUUGGGUAUGUUUCGGUUCAGAUUUUUUGUCUUUGUACUUAAUAAAUUGUACGAGUAAAACUAAAAUGAAUUAACCUAGGGGUA